UCGCUGUCAGACGCGCUCUUCGCAUUCCUGAGGGAGAAGAACCUGCCCGGCCCCGGGCUGCACCUCGACCACAUGGGGGAGUGCUGCCCGUGCUCCUGGCUCUCCGAGCUGUUGGACAGGUGCUUUGACAAGCGCAGGGACGUGGAGCCCGCUGUGAAAAACGAAUACAGCGGUGCGUCUGAGCAAUCCAAGCCGGAGAGGGAAGACAAAGAGCGGGAUGUUCUCACUCCUAAUGACGCGGGUGAUGGUGAUGUGUACACGGCGCUGUGGGGAUUUGAAGCUCGGGCUGAAGAGGAGCUUUCCUUCCAGCCUGGAGACAGGUUCAGGAUAGUUAAGCGCAGUGGAGACUGGUGGACGGCCAAUAAGGUUGACCGCUAUGGGAACGUGCUGGCCACCGGCAUUGUCCCUUUUAACUACCUGGAGCAAGGAGGAGAGGUGGUGGACGCGCAGCCGUGGUUCUUCGGCAAGAUGAACCGGUUUGAAUCUCUCAGCCACCUCAUGUCAGCGGAGAACAAUGAUGGAGCUUUCCUGAUACGAAUCAGUGAGAGUGACAACGUGAGGCAUGUGCUCUCAGUUAAGGUAAAGAACAGAGUGAAGCACUUUAAGGUUUACCAGACGGAGAGUGGAUUCUACGUGGAACAGUCAUGGAGUUUCUCCACUUUACUGAACCUUAUUGAACACUACCAGACUCAUCGACUGGCUUCUGUGGACAGACUCGGGAAACCAUGCAUCAGGAGAGAGCCACAGCCUCAGGACCUCUCUCACACCACAGUGGAUGAGUGGGAGCUUCCUAAAGAGGACUUCACUCUGGAGGAGCAGCUGGGCAGCGGCUACUUCGCCGAUGUUCAUCGCGGCAAGUGGAAGAACCGCAUCAACGUAGCUAUUAAAAUUCUCAAAACCAAUGCAUCUUUGAACCAGCGCGAGUUUCAUAUGGAGGUUCAGGUUCUGAAAAGAUUGCGUCAUCGGCACCUCAUCUCGCUUUUCGCCAUUUGCACUUCCUCCUCCCCCUAUUACAUCAUCACUGAGCUCAUGGAGAAAGGCAACCUGCUGGACUUCCUCCGCAGUAUAGAGGGCGGGACUUUAGACAUGAUGAGUUUGAUCGACAUGUCGGCCCAGGUGGCUGAUGGGAUGGCGUAUCUGGAGGCGCACAACAGCAUUCAUAGGGAUCUAGCAGCCCGGAAUGUGCUUGUUGGUGAGGGAUAUAUCUGCAAGGUGGCAGACUUCGGCUUAGCGCGAGUCAUCAAGGAACCAAUCUAUGUUUCAGAGGAAAAGAAGAUUCCGUACAAGUGGACGGCACCUGAAGCCAUCACGCACGGUCGGUUCUCCCAUAAAUCCGACGUCUGGUCAUUUGGCAUUCUCCUGUAUGAGACUAUUACCUAUGGUGGAGUUCCAUAUCCAGGUUUCAAUUCAAGUGAGGUGGUGCAUCAAAUCACCCACUAUGGCUACAGGAUGCCGCCCCCUCCUAAAUGCCCUCGCCUCAUUUAUGACAUUAUGCUGUCCUGCUGGAGUGAAGUGCCAGAUGACCGGCCGAAAUUCCAAGAGCUGAAAUCUGAUCUGGAAAACAUCAACCGCUACACAGAACUUGACUAACCCUUCUGGUCACUGGAGUCCUACUAGAAACAUUAUGUCUACUGUAUAUCACCAGCAGAGGGCAGCACAGACUCACAGGAAGACCAGGCUUGGACCGAAGGACGAAUAUAAUUUUUUUUUUUAACACCAAAGGAUUUGAUGCAGGGGUUAGCUGUUGGUAAAGCCAGGUGCCCUGCAAUCUGUUAAAGACUGUAAUACCUAGAAGACAGUGGCAAACCUAAAAUAAUAACAUAUCCAUUAUUUGACUGAUUGCAUUUAAAUGCAUGAUAGUCCUAUAAUAAGACACAUAAGCACUUUUAUAACAAAUAUCAUGUUAUAUUCGUUGUGCAUUAUUAAUGUUUGGUGAGGUUUUACACAUACAAUGAAGGGCUGCUGUGUUGGGAAGAUGAUUUUAGAAGACGCCAGUCGCCAGUUUACUUUAGCAGCCGCAAUGCACUGCAUUGACCAGUGACAGUAACUGGAGAGGCUGUCAUUGAGGUUACACUCUCAUUAUCAAGUGUACUGCUAUUGCCAAGCCUCUAAUGGAGAUGAGACCUGAGAUUUUUCAGUGCUGUGCAAUGUUACUAAAUACAAAAACAGGGACUUUACAACUUCAACUUGCUACAACAAGCCUAUUAAAAAUGGUUUAUCACCUUUGAUGCUCAAACCUAAACUGGACACAGAACAGGAAGCUAUUCUAGGCUGGUAAGACAGGCACUGUUGAUAUCACAGCAAUAGUCUAAUGAAGUGUGGUUAUUUUCUACACAUGGGGGUCAAAACCACAUUCUGUUGUACUGGUUAAGCUCACUAUGCGCUCUACAGGGCAUGAAGAUGUCCUUGCAGACCUGUCCAUGCAGUGAGAGCAUGACAGAGUGUAAAAUGAGUUAUGACAGAUAGCUGCUGUCAUCAUAGUGGUCAGAUGAGGUUCAGGCUUGCUGCGGGGAUAGCACCUCUGUUACUAUACCCAUGUGGACACUAUGUGCCACUUAUUAAAGCUAUAAGCUACAGAUUUUGCCAUGGGUAAAGAGAAAAUCCAGAACUUUCUGCAGAAUUAAUGAAUUAGAACAACGCCAUUCAGAAUGAUUUUUGCUUUAAAAUUAAUCUCACACAAAGCUGUUACAUAAAGUGGUUAUGUUUAUUUUGCCUGAUACCUGAAAGACUGUUUUAUGAUAAAGUUUUGUCCUAAAACUAUUUUUUGAAGCCAUUCACAGUGAAGAGGCCCAUGCAGAAUAUUAGGAAAGACACAACACAUAGAAAACCAAAUUUGACCUUUUUUCAUUUUGAAAUUUAACACUAUUAUCAGCAUUGCAUAUAAAACUGAGACAGGGGGUUCACUGGUGGAUUCGGAUAGUAAAUAAAAUGUCUAUAAUGUCUAAAAUGUGUUACAGAUAUUGUGACCCCUGGUUCCUAUCACCACUACUGUAAAGAAAUCUGAGUCUGUAAAUUUCUCUACCAUUAAGCAUUUCACACCAAACCACUCUGAAUGGCUCUGUUUACAUCCCAACGACUGAAUUAUGCAACAAUUAAACAAAAAAAAAAGAGAAGCCUGUAUCACACAGCAAAGUGCCUUACUGUAAACUGGCGACAAAAUACA